ACGCACGUUUAAGAACAGCUAUAAUCUUGUAAUGCUAAUAAUAAACACGAGAUGGAGCCACCGGACUUCUACGUGCUCAGUUAACGAUACCGAUAAACGUUUACAUACCGAAUAUUGCUUUUCUAUUAGACUACGUAAUUUUAAAAUAAAAAUAAUAACACCUCAUCAAUAAUAAAUAAAUAAAUUACCAUGCUCAAGCAUGCCUCAGAGGGUCGAAAAUGCACAUCUAUUUAGCAUCUAAAUGACUGUUGUUGUUAAAUUAAUGUUUAAUCUUAAUUACACUAUAAUAUUUAACAAAGUGGCAACGGAAGGGUCAAAUAAGCGCGCGUGAGGGAAGCGGUUUAAAGUGCUCGCGCGGUGAUCGAUCGUGUCGGCGAUCUUCUAGUUUCCCCUGAAUCCCAGCGCACAGGCUGGAAACGGGAUGCGAUUGAGGUGGAAAAGCGGUGUGGAUUUUGAAGUGUGAAAAGGGCUGUCUGUCCUCACCCCAGGACAGGGAGGAAGGGAGGGAGACCCGACCAACGACUCACACUAAAAGUGGAGGACAGAGCAAUAAACAGUUACUUGCUGUUAUUUGGAGGAUUUUCUGUCUCCCAAACAGCCGCAAGGGCAAGGCAGUAAACUCCUGUUGUGGGAAAGCCGACGUCUGGAUUCAUUCAGUUAUUACUGCUGUUGACUCAUGGACACAGACAGGGAAAAACUCGUCCAAUCCAUCCGGAUAUAACUUCACUGCUGACCGUCUGACUGCUGAUUCAUUUGAGCACAACUCGCGUGGAACUUUGCACUUUUUGCGGCUUUGACAAGAACUUGUAGUGUCUCGAAAUCCAGUAGAAAUAUCGUGUUUUAUUCAAGUUUGCUUUGUUUUACUUUAUUGAGGUUCAUAAAGCUUCGAUGCCCAGCGAUGUAAAUAUACGUUAGGACCGCACGCGCGUAACCUUUUAUUCAUACUGUGAAACAAAGAGAAAGCAUGGGAAAGUCGUAACGUUGGCAACGUUACCUUCGCGUUUUAAUUUCUAGAUGUAUGGUUUUUAAGCUCGAUAACACGUUCAGACGGAAAUACUGAUACUUUUCGCACGCAUUUUCGUCACAAACGGCGUGUAAAUCUGCCGGGCUGGCGUCUUUACCGGGUCAUUACCGUGGAGGAGGCGGAACGGGCAUGGACACCGAUUCAAUGGCCGGUGGCGACGUGGAGGAGGUUCAGGGACGCAUGAUUUCCCUGGACCCGGUGGUCGAUGGGAUUUUGAUGGACUCGUUUUGCCAACAGCAGGGAUGGGUGCGGGUGUACGAUGUGAAGGGGCCGGCCAGCCACCACUUCUCCUGCGGCCAGUCGCCGUUCACGGAGCCCUGCGUUUGGGAGAGGAAGUACUGCAUCCUGACCGAUAGCCAGCUCAUUCUGCUCAACAAGGAGGAAGAGAUGCCAUCUGAGGUCCACGAAAGCCCCACAGCGUCCUCGUCAACGAGCCGCAGUUUGAGGCGGACGGUCAGCGUGCCCUCUGAAGGACAGUUCCCUGAAUAUCCAGCAGAGGGAACUUCAAUGUUAGCAGAAGCAUCUGCGGAGCGCUCGCCCAGGCGGAGGAGCAUAUCGGGCCUGGGCAGCUCGGAGAAGAACAUCUCUAUGGAUAAUCCUAACUCCUCACCCUUCAAAGUGCCUGGCUUUAUAAGUAAACGACUGAAAGGAUCCAUCAAAAGGACGAAGAGUCAGACGAAACUUGACCGCAACACAAGUUUUAGACUCCCAUCACUACGGCCUACGGACCAUGACAGGUCGAGAGGCCUGCCCAAAUUGAAGGAGUCAAGUUCCCAUGAGUCUUUGCUGAAUCCGGGCAGCGCUGUUGAAUCUCUGGAUCUAAGCAUGGAGGAGGACAUCUAUAUUAAACCACUACACAGCAGCAUUCUGGGACAGGACUUUUGCUUCGAGGUGGCGUACUCGGGUGGAAGUAAGUGCUUCAGCUGUUCAUCUGCAGCCGAACGGGACAAAUGGAUGGAGAACCUCAAAAGAACCGUGCAGCCCAAUAAGGACAACUGUCGGCGGGCCGAAAACGUCCUUCGCCUGUGGAUCAUCGAGGCCAAAGACCUGCCGCCGAAGAAACGGUAUUUCUGCGAGCUGUGUCUGGACGACAUGCUGUAUGCCCGCACCACCAGCAAAAUCCGCUCCGACUGCCUGUUCUGGGGGGAACACUUUGAGUUUUCGGGCCUUCCUGCCGUCAAAAGCAUCACUGUGCACAUAUACCGUGAUGUGGACAAGAAGAAGAAGAAAGACAAGAACAACUACGUGGGCCUGGUGAACAUCCCUGUGCCAGGGGUGAUGGGACGGCAGUUUGUGGAGAAGUGGUAUCCGGUCAGCACCCCCACCACCAGCAAAAGCAAAGGCGGAGGUCCAUCCAUUCGCAUCAAGUCUCGCUUUCAGACCAUCUCUAUCCUGCCCAUGGAGCAGUAUAAGGAGUUUGCGGAGUUUGUGACCAAUAACUACACCAUGCUGUGCUCGGUGCUUGAGCCCGUCAUCAGCGUCAAGAACAAAGAGGAGAUGGCCAGCGCGCUGGUGCACAUAUUACAGAGCACAGGGAGGGCAAAGGAUUUCCUGACGGAUCUGGUGAUAUCAGAGGUGGAUCGUUGUGCGGAUCAUGAGGUGCUCAUAUUUCGGGAGAACACGCUAGCCACCAAAGCCAUAGAAGAAUACCUCAAACUGGUGGGACAGAAGUACCUUCAUGAUGCAUUAGGAGAGUUUAUUAAAGCACUGUACGAGUCAGAUGAAAACUGCGAGGUGGACCCUGCUAAGUGCACUAACACUGAGCUGCCGGAACACCAGAGUAACCUGAAGAUGUGCUGUGAGCUUGCCUUCUGCAAGAUCAUCAACUCUUACUGCGUGUUUCCUCGGGAACUGAAAGAGGUGUUCGCCUCGUGGAAGCAGCAGUGUCACGCUCGAGGAAAGCAGGACAUCAGUCAGCGUCUGAUCAGCGCGUCUCUCUUCCUGCGCUUCCUGUGUCCUGCCAUCAUGUCUCCAUCGCUCUUCAGUCUCAUGCAGGAAUACCCCGACGACCGCACCUCAAGAACCCUCACCCUCAUCGCCAAAGUCAUCCAGAACCUCGCUAACUUUGCUAAAUUCGGGAACAAAGAGGAGUACAUGGCCUUCAUGAACGACUUUUUGGAGCACGAGUGGGCCGGUAUGACCCGUUUCCUUAUGGAGAUCUCCAACCUCGAGACCAUCUCCAACACCCCAGGAUUUGAGGGCUACAUCGACCUGGGCCGCGAGCUGUCUGUCCUCCACUCGCUAUUAUGGGAAGUGGCGUCUCAGCUAGACAAGGGUGACAAUUCCUUCCUGCAGGCGACGGUGGCCAAACUGGGGCCCCUGCCGCGUAUCCUUGGCGAUAUCACCCGCUCGCUGUCCAGCCCCGCCCCCCUUCAGCAGCACCUCAGGCGGUUCCAGGACCACAGCUCUGCACAUGACAUUAGUGGAAGUGUGUCCUCAGGACUGCAGAGAAUAUUCGAAGACCCAGCAGACAGUGAAAUGAGAAGCAUCAGAUCCCCUGUUCAGGAGCACAUGGAGGCCUUAGCCCGAGGGAAGCAUCCUUUAUUGGGUCAGCAAUCUUCUACACACAGCAUGAGCUUUUCUGACAAAGAGGAGAGAGACAUUCCUCUUCCAAACGGACGCAGUGUAUCUUUAAUGGACCUCCAGGACUCUUACCUUGCACAGGGCCAUCCAGGUCCAGCCCCACCAAGGUUAGGGCGGGUGGGCUCUCAGGCCUCCAUCGGCCCUCUCCCUCCUCCUCCACAUCAUCACCAGCCCCCUGUCUAUCCAAAAGUCCCACAGCUCAAGGACAACUUGCCACAGAGCGCUCCCCAGGUGCGCCGUCCGCUCCCCCCCUCCCUCAGUCAACAGCGCAGCUUACAGCCGCUGUCUUUCCAGAACCCCGUUUACCACCUCAGCAACCUGCAUGCGCAGUCCACGCACUCGACCCAGUCUAUGCACUCCGUCCAGUCCCUGCAGCCGGACUCUAGCUCGGAGAACCUGAGCACGGCCAGCUCUCGCAGCGGAAGCCCCAGCACGUCAGGCGCACGGGGAGCCACACCCAGGGCUAGGAUGCCCUCGUCCAGCAGCGUGGAGGAGGAGCUAAGCCGCAAAACCAUCCAAGGGCAGGAGACUCCUCCUCCCACAGCCCGCUGGCACCCACCCCUGGUCGACUCGCACUCGGGAGCUCAGGUGGUGGCGGUGCCGAGGCAGAGUUGCACGGGCACAGCGCAUAUCGUGAAGGUGGAGCAGCAGAGUCGAGCAGUGGGGCUUGUGGCGGGUAACGCAGGAGUAAAAACACCUAGGUCUCUCCCUCACAGCACCUCCCUCCGCAGUAGCAGCAGUAUCAACACCGAACCCAUGCAGCAGAGCGACGAGAGGUCUAAACAACAGUCCACGUGCUCUAAAGACAGCUCAGUACCUGGAGGGCGAGGCAACAAACAGGUUCAGUCCCCUGUGGAAUCUGUCACCAUGUCCCCAGUGGAGAGAACGGCAGCUUGGGUCUUGAAUAAUGGACAGUUUGAGGAUGAAGAAGAGGGAGGUCCAAGCAAGGAUGAUGCCAAACACAUAGAAAAGUAUGAACAGGAGAUCUCAAAGCUAAAGGAGCGUCUGCGGGCAUCUAGUCGGCGACUGGAGGAGUAUGAGAGACGACUGCUGGCACAGGAACAGCAGAUGCAGAAGCUGCUUAUGGAAUACAAGACCCGACUGGAAGACAGCGAAGACCGUCUGCGGAGACAACAGGAAGAGAAAGACAGUCAGAUGAAGAGUAUUAUCUGCAGGCUGAUGGCAGUGGAGGAGGAAUUGAAGAGAGAUCAUGCAGAAAUGCAGGCGGUCAUCGACGCCAAACAGAAGAUCAUUGAUGCACAGGAGAAGAGGAUCAGCUCCCUGGAUGCAGCUAACUCUCGACUCAUGAGUGCCCUCACUCAGGUUAAAGAGCGCUACAGCAUGCACAACCUCCGCAACGGCCUGUCGCCCACCAACCCUACAAAACUGUCCAUCACUGAAAAUGGAGAGUUCAAGAACAGCAGUUGCUGAUUGGUGAUCAUGAACGUGAUGCUCCAGGACGGAUCACUGACUCUGAUUGGUCCGCUUCGAGAUGGACCGGGCACCCAGAUCACAUACGUAGCUGGAGGCUAAAUUGACUGACUACUGUAUACAUGCAAUUGCAAGAAAUGUUUGGUUAUUAAUGUAUAUACACGUUAUGUAAUGUUUGGUUAUGUACAGAAAUGCUACUGCUGAGAGGAGUGUUUUGAGAGUUGAGCGCAGAGUUCCGCGUCAGUGAGUUUGUGUUUUUUUUUUUUUUAAUACUGAUUUACGCUUAAAUGCAGAUUUAAGAUUACAAAAAGAUUUUUAACUAUUGCCUAAGAUAUAUGAAGGAGAUGUACAUAUCAUAAAUAGAAAUGUUUUAAAAGAAACUAUGAAGAAAAGCACAUAGGUAUCGUUGGUCAUAGUUGUAAAUGUCCUCGAGUAGCAGAACCUGACAGGCAAAGACAUGAGAUUGAAAGGCAAGUUUAUGCACUCAGUUUUCUAACACACUUUUUCUAUAUUUUUUUAUUAUUUUAUGUUAUCAUCUUGUAAAAGGUGGUUAUGGCUGAAAUGACUGACUUUUAACUAAAAAGACUAAAGCAGCCACAGUUUAGUUACAAAGGACCCCCAGCAUAAUAUUCAAGAAAGUACGACAUGGUCUUUAAUAAUACACAAAAUAAGACAGCAGAACAAAGCAGUGGGUUGAUGUAUUGAAGUUUUACAUUGAAUGAACAGAUUCUUUGUAUUUGGAUAUUUGCUGUAUCAUCUAGAGGACUGUCACUUUAACUCAACAUUUCUGUUUUAUGUAUCAGACCAGAUUGCUGUGAUAUCACCGAUCUCUGUCUCACUGCCCUCUCUUGUUCUAGACAGCCUCACUGCCCUCCUUCACAUCCUCUAUCGUUUGUCAGCUACUUCUGUUAAAAGUUGUCGUUUUCUCACUCUGUUCAUAUGAGCAUCAAGGUCUCCACAAUGUUUGCUGUUCCGAUGAUAUAUUUGCAAAGUUCAGACACAUUCAGAAGCAUUGAAUAAAAUCGAUUGUGGCCUCAUCGA